CUUCAUCUCCUUAUUAAUAACCUAUCCCUCGCCAUCUUCACUUCUCAUCUUCAUUUCUAUACCUUCCUAUUAUCUUCCUUCCUUUUCAUUCCUUUUGCUAUGGCAGGAACUGGGGUGGUCGCUGUUUAUGGGAACGGCGCAAUAGCUGAAACCCACAAAUCCCCUUUCUCCGUCAAGGUUGGCCUAGCCCAAAUGCUCCGUGGCGGGGUGAUUAUGGAUGUCGUCACCCCUGACCAAGCUCGCAUCGCUGAAGAAGCUGGAGCCUGCGCCGUCAUGGCUCUUGAACGAGUCCCCGCCGACAUCCGAGCCCAAGGUGGCGUGGCGCGGAUGAGUGACCCACAACUCAUCAAAGAAAUUAAGCAAGCUGUCACCAUUCCCGUCAUGGCCAAGGCUCGUAUUGGCCAUUUCGUUGAGGCCCAGAUCCUUGAAGCCAUUGGCAUCGACUAUGUUGACGAGAGCGAAGUCCUUACCCUCGCCGACGAAGAAAACCACAUUAACAAACAUAAUUUUCGGAUUCCUUUCGUCUGUGGGUGCCGGAAUUUGGGGGAAGCGCUCCGGAGAAUCCGAGAAGGAGCCGCGAUGAUCCGAACCAAAGGAGAAGCGGGGACCGGGAAUGUUAUCGAAGCUGUUAGGCAUGUCAGAUCCGUGAUGGGGGAUAUUAGGGCCCUUAGGAACAUGGAUGAUGAUGAGGUUUUCAGCUUCGCUAAGAAAAUCCAGUCUCCCUACGAUUUGGUUAUGCAAACGAAGCAGCUGGGGAGGUUGCCAGUGGUUCAGUUCGCCGCCGGAGGAGUGGCCACACCGGCAGAUGCGGCGUUGAUGAUGCAGUUGGGUUGUGACGGAGUGUUUGUCGGAUCUGGGGUUUUCAAGAGUGGUGACCCGGCUAAGCGUGCCCGAGCUAUUGUUCAGGCCGUCACUCACUAUAGUGACCCCAACAUCCUUGCGGAAGUUAGCUGUGGGCUUGGUGAGGCCAUGGUUGGCCUUAAUUUGAACGAUAAGAAGGUUGAGCGGUUCGCAGCUCGGUCGGAUUAGUAAGUGAAGGGGGGAUCAAGCCUUUGUUUGUUGAACCACCAUCACCAGUGCACUGUUGUUCCAAGUUAUCGUAGUUAAAGUGGGGUCUCUCAUACAGGGGAUGUAAUUUAUGGCUAAAAUGUUGGCCAUCUGUUUCGUUAUCUAAAAUUAGAUCUUUAAGAUUGCUAGAAAUAAAGUAAAACACUUUGUCUCUCUGCAUUCUGCUACUAUACUAAUGUGUUUUUUACAGUGAUUAGGCUCUACACAAGCUUUGCCUCUA